AUUGGAUGGAGUUUUCUCAAUUAAAACUGAUGUCUUUAGUUUUGGUGUAGUUUUGCUUGAGAUUAUUAGUGGAAAAAAGAACACUGGGUUUUAUCGAUCAGAACAAGCCAUGAGCCUUAUAGGUUAUGCAUGGAGAUUGUGGACAGAAAACAAGGUGUUGAAUUUAAUAGACCAAACUCUGCAUGAAUCUUGCAAUGUAGACAAAUUUAUGAAGUGCGUAAAUGUUGAACUCUUAUGCAUACAAGAAGACCCAAGUGAUCGACCCACCAUGUCAAAUGUUGUUAACAUGCUUGAUAGUGAAACUGCAACAGUUGCAACUCCUAAACAGCCAGCUUUUGUUCUAAGGAGAGGCCAAUCUAGCACUUCUUCUUCUAGUAGACCGGAAACAUAUACGGAAUUAACUAUUAGUUUAGAAGAAGCACAAUAAUACAUGAUUGUAGUUGUGAGUGUGUACUCUUUGUAAAAGACUGAAGUCUUAUUAUAGUAAAAAA